CACUGAUAAAAAUGAAUCACUAAUCAGAGAUCAGACCAAGAAAGUAGUUUAUCUAUUCUGAUAAGAACUUAUUUAUACAGUAUUCUAUGUCUUCAUUGAUCAUCAUUAACCCGCAGCUUAUGACCUUCAAAAGGUAUCGGCAGUUUCGUUGUUUGUGCACACCAUCUUGGUUCGUUUAGUAUUCCCAUGUUUCCUAGAUGCUCUCCCUGCAAGGAAAGUCAGAUUUUCCUGAUACUGCCAACAUUGUUUUGAGCGUACAGUCAUGAUCCAAUUGUUGAAGGUACGUCUGUCGUACCUCUGCCUGGCGCUCUCCUCAUGGGGACUUCGAAUAGAAGUGUAGGAACGUCACCAUUUUUUUUCACAGUUAUCAGAGGCAUGCGCACAGCCCGUCAUAUGCUGUAUUUGCGCACAGCCCAUCUGUUCGUUCAUUGCGUGAUCAAAGUUGAUAGACAAAGAAGAUAAGGAACCAUAGAAAUUACAUAUGCUGUAUUUUAAUUUCCCUCCCUUAAGCCCUACGUAACUGAGUCAUAUUUGUGGUCAAUCAGUUGUCAACCACUUGUUAUCUCUGUUAAGAAAGAUGUUUCUCUUCGCAGUUUGCCGACCUCAGUUCAUCUUAAAAUAACUUCAGGCAUUUUAUUGCGUGACAAGGAACAUUCCAUUACGUGAUAUGAUACAUUCCGUUCCGUGAUUUGUGGAGUACUUUCCCUAUCUUCAGUAGCAGGCAAAAUUAUUGGUCCUUUUGACAUUCUAGUAUCACUUCGUUAUAGGAGAAAGUUGACCACAUAUUGUAAUUUCAAGUGUUUGGUACUGUAAGUCAAGGAUACAAUUUUAAAAUGUUGGUACUAUGCGGUUUCCUUGUUUGAUCAAGUUACAGGUGAAAGGUGAGUUUGAUUGAUUCGUAGGUGAAGGAAUUGCUGACAGUCUUGCCACCCAGUAUGAUGACCAGCGCCGUCAACAUAAACCACCUCGAGUCCUCCCUACAAGUCUUGCUACAUUGUCGUAGCAUUCCUAUGGGGAAAUUGUAGUAAAUCCCUAAAUGGAACAUCGGAGCACGUGUGGAUUAUCUUCGCGUAGUCUGCUCAGGAUCCUGUUGACCGUGUUAUCAUACCUACGGCCAAUAUACAUGACACAGAUUUAGCUGAGAAAGACUCGUUGACAAUCAAUCUUGAAAAUCCAUCAAAAACCAAAUCCACUCAAGCAAUUGACGUCUCAAUACUCGCGAUUAGUCACCAUCGCUAAAAUCAGCGAGUAUUUUUCACGGUUGUGAGGUUGUACUUGGUUGAAGCACGAGCAAGCAGAUGCCAAACACUGCAUUCCUGGUUGGAGGAUAGAUGAUUCGAGAAUAAUGGGCCACGUUAAUCGAAUUCCUACAGCAUUUCGUCGUUUUAAAUGUGCCUUCAAUUUAGUGAUGUUAUGCUGGCAGCUGCAUUUCUAUGCAGCCAAUACUGUUUUAAUAACGACAAAGUAUGGGACUUUAAGAGGUCUUAAAGUCCCCUUCUCAAGCAAUUCAGGACCAAUCAAGUCAAUUAAUACAUUUCUUGGUAUUCCAUUUGCUUCUCCACCGGUUGGAGACCUAAGAUUGAAGCCCCCAGUCGAUCCUGUCUCUUGGGAGCCUAAUAUCUACGAUGCUACUCAUUUUAGGAAUGUUUGCAUGCAAGAACCCAGUCAACUUCUAACUGAAUACAGAAAAGUGUGGCGGUCCUUUGAUCCCAAAAGAAAUAUUGCUGAGGACUGUCUUUACUUGAAUGUAUUUUCACCAGACUCGAGGGCUUCGUACUCUGUCAUGGUGUACAUCCAUGGUGGUGGAUUUAUGCUGGGAUCCUCUAUACUUUCGCCAGGCUUUCAACUAGCCCUCAAGGGUGUUGUUGUCGUUACCAUACAGUAUCGCUUAGGUCCAUUUGGUUUUAUGUCCUCGGGUGAUAGUGAAGCCCCUGGCAACAUUGGAUUACUGGAUCAAGUUCAAGCAUUAAGAUGGGUGAGGGAAAAUAUUGAAGAUUUUUAUGGCAAUCCUCAUGAGGUUACUCUGUUUGGUCUAAGCGCUGGCGCUGUUUCUGUUAGUCUCCAUCUACUAUCACCUGUUUCGCUAAGCUUUUUCCAUCGAGCGGCCUGUGAAAGUGGUGUUGAUCUAGCCCCAUGGGCUGUCCAAAACACUGAAAAGAUAGUUAAUCACACAAGAGCCGCUGCUGAACGACUUGGCUGUCAUCAAGAGGAAAGUCAGAGUCUUUUGGACUGUUUACGUAACGUCCAUGACCCAUGGGAAUUUUUGAACGCAAGUUUAGAUGCCACCAAAAGUAACGGCUUGGAAAAAUCCUACUUUGGGCCGAUAGUCGACGGAAACUUCCUGGCCGACAAACCUUCUGUUCUAAGAAAAAAGGGCCUUUUUGGUAGAAUACCGCUGAUUGCAGGAAUCACAAGUGACGAGUAUUCGCUGUUCUUGAGAGACGAAAUUAAAAACCUCUUUAAUAUCUCAAACUUAUCGCGUGGGAUAGACAAAAAUAUUUUCAUAAGCUACUGUCAAAAGUUUGCUCACGCCCUACAGGCAAACACAAGAUAUCGCGCGCUCUUGUACGACGCUUUACUCUUCGAGUAUUCCUCCUGGCAGGCUCAAAGCAAUCAAUCAUUUUUGCAGUAUCUUAUUGAUCUUACUUCAGAUUACUAUUUAUGGGCUCCAACAAACGCCGCUCUUGUAGCUCAUAGUGAGUAUGCGCCAGCCUACAUGUUCGUCUUCAAUCAUCGUUCAAGUCUCGGCCACACCCCUUUGUGGGCGGGUGUCCCACAUGGAUCUACAUUUAGCUAUGUCCUGGGUAUAGCCAUGAAAAAUACGUCACCAAAGCACCGAUUGGUCUAUGAUGUCACUGAUUAUGACGUCAGUAAUGCAAUGGUAACCAUGUGGACGAACUUUGCCAAAGAUAGCAAUCCUACUCCAAGCAAAGUAUCUGGAGUGACGUGGGAGCCAUUCACCAAAGCAAAUCAAGUGUAUAUGAAAUUAGACGGCAAGCCGGUGGCCAAGAUGGCCAAAAAUUAUCAAGCACCAAGAGCCGCUUUCUGGAAUUAUUAUUACCAUAAAUUAAUGAAGGGAAGCCCAAAGUGCUCCUCUGCGCAUGCUACCCCUCCGUCAAAUGAGGUUCCAUUAUUUAAGGGUUCAGUAACCACAUGGUACUUAGUUGUCAUGACAAUUUUUUUGUUGGAAUACUAUUUUGAACUUCAAUUUAUCUAUUAGAGUAUAUUGAUCAAUGUAAUGGGUCAGAAAAGCCUUAGAGGACAAUGAAAAGAGCAAUGCUAUCGCUGACCGCUGAGCAGUAAUCCGUUAGCACGGUACGAAAGCACACAUCGAUUGUAAUUUAUGACUAUAGCAUAUUAAACAGGAUAUUUGUCUGAUGGUGUUGACCACCCCCACUACUACUAAAAUACCAUUGUCUUACUAUUCUCCAGAGGGCAUAAAAUUUAUUGGAAGAAAAUUUAUCAAGCAUUUCAGAAAAGAUUUGUUCCCAGUACCCUCUCGGCUUUCCAUUUGGUGUGUCUAGAAAGCGAAAGGAUACUGGGAACAAGGGCGAGGUCUGAUAUUGUUCGUCAUACUAGAUUUAAGUCCUAUAAAGAUUUUGAUGUUCACCAAUAAAAGAUUGAUUAAGGGCA